CUAUGCCCUCUAGUUCUGAACUCCCUGACCCCAGGGAAAAGACUUUGCCUAUUUAUUCUAUCCAUGCCCCUCAUAAUUUUGGUAAACCCCUUUUCGGUCACCCCUCAGCCUCCGACGCUCCAGGGAAAACGCUACAGCUGAAUUUAAUGACAAGUUUUUGAAAGAUUAUAGUGUGGUGCUUGGCUCUUCAUUAUCUAUUCUUCGGCAUAAAGGCCUGUUGGUACAGACACCGCCACUCGAGUGUGGAGCACAUCGGGUACGACGGGGUGAUUGGCUCCUGAUCAAGACUUGGAAAGAUACCAAACUCCACCCGAGCUGGGAGGGACCAUUCCUAACCCUCCUGACAGCUAUCCGAACUGCUGAGAAAGGGUGGAGUCACUACACUCGCGUCAAAGGUCCUGUGAACGUCCCAUUGUGGGCGGCACGGUGGCACAGUGGUUAGCACUGCUGCUUCACAGCGCCAGAGACCCGGGUUCAAUUCCCGACUCAGGCGACUGACUGCACGUUCUCCCCGUGUCUGCGUGGGUUUCCUCCGGGUGCUCCGGUUUCCUCCCACAGUCCAAAGAUGUGCGGGUCAGGUGAAUUGGCCGUGCUAAAUUGUCCCCGUAGUGUUAGGUAAGGGGUAAAUGUAGGGGUAUGGGUGGGUUGCGCUUCGGCGGGUCGGUGUGGACUUGUUGGGCCGAAGGGCCUGUUUCCACACUAAGUAAUCUAAAUCUAAACUGGCGGAAUGGCACACUCAUCCUACAGACAACCCCCUGAGAAAGAGGGAAUAAACUCCGAUUAAAGACUCUUUUAAUGUUUGAUGAUCUAUAAAUUGUAAGGGUUGCGUGGACUCACCUCUUCCCUGGCGCUUAAAAGAUUAAGAUAGGGUGAUAGGCAGGGUUCAGAGAUGGGAGGGUACAAGUAUAGUAUUGUAAUGUUAGUUGUACUAACUGUUCAAGGAAGCGGGAAAAAUCACUUCACUACACUCUGCCGAAAUUACGCUAAACAAGAGGAACUUGUUGGGUCUGUGCAGAGGUCCCACACCAUGGCAAAUCUGGGAUCCCUACCCCUGUAAUACAGCUCACUAAAAAAGAAGUGGACGGUGUACAACAAUUUGACCAGGGCCUCAAAUAAUACAAAAUGGGAAUCUGAAAGGAGCAAAUAUAACUUUGCGGGAUGGUUCCCAAGUCCAGCCCCGAAAACCCAGGGCGUUAUCGAUAGCCUCAGAAUUUCCCCACCGAAAGGAGCAGUGAAUCCCACCUGUUUCUGUAAUCGGAAUGACCCCGCACCUUUCCAAUUCGGACAAUCAUCUUGCGUCCACACCAGUUGAGCCACUGUCACAACCAACCCCCCGAAUAUUAAACGGAACAUAUUGGGUAUGCGGUCUGAAGGCCUACCCAUUUAUUCCCGGGGGAAAACAUGUUCGUGUGAUCGAAUGUAGAGAAAUACAUGUAUGUUAUGAAGUUGACGAAACACUGCUGCAAGACCAGAAAGGCUAGAGUGGUUGCUGUUACCUCGCUUAUAUCGUCCCUCACCUCCGAAUAGAAAAACAUGAACCCAACCUGAGAAAGGAGGGGAGGAUAAGACAUAAGGCCCGAGAGGUCUCUGAAGAGGACCGUCUGCUGUGGACACUACUCCCAAGUUACGGCACUACGAGGGCAGGGGUAGAAACUAGCGGCUGUCCUUGAAAAGUUAAUUAAUGAUACAAUGGGAGAAACUCAAUCCCAAAUAUCGGCCAUAACCACCGAAAUGGUCGCCGCAGGACCGACAGCUUUACAGAAUCGAAUGGCUUUCGACGAUCUCUUGGCCGAGAAAGGGGGAGCCUGUGCUCUGAUUGGGAAGGAAUGCUGCACCCUCAUCCCAGACACCUCUCCCACAGUGGAAGGUACAGCAGAAAUGGUGAAGAGAAAUUGGGAAUGAACUCCGAAAAAAGGAUGGGGUAACUGGGGACUGACCGGUUGGGGAAAAUGGUUCGUUCAUUUAGGCGUUCAUGUAUUACUAAUAAUCGUAGGUCUACUGAUAGGAUUGAACGUGUUAAAAUGGACAGUGACUAAGCUGGUAAUGUCUUUGGGAGAACAACGACCAAUAAUGGCCAUGACAGUAUAGCACAAGCGCAAUAAAGAGAGAGGAGCAGAUUACUCCUAGAGUUUGGAAAAGAGACUUAGAAGGACAGAAAUGGCAAGAUUGUGAACCUCAGCACCACCGGAUGAAAAGAGGGCCGAAACUAAAAUUGCCAAGACAACAAAUGGUUUAAGAAAGGAAAUGGGGGAGUUGUUAGGAAUGGGGAAAAGUGUUGUUUUUGCAAAUAUAGAAAAAGCAUACAGAAAAAGGGGUCCCGCAAGAGAUCUAUUAACUCUACAGGUAUUUAGGGAAGAGUAUCUCUACUUUUCAGUAGAUAAUAAAGUACUAACUUUAAUGUAAUUUAUUAAAGAAAAUACUUCCUUUUAUCAUAACAGUUUCAGCAAAAAACUAAGAUUACUGAAACAUACAAGCGAAGCACGAGAAAGAUAUAUUGUUGAGUUGGAAUGUACCUAUGGACAAUGAAAGAAUGUCUCUCUCUUCACAUUGGCCAGGCCGGCGUACAGAUUGGGAAUGCCUGUUGGGAGCUGUAUUGCCUGGAGCAUGGCAUCCAGCCGGAUGGACAGAUGCCCAGUGACAAGACCAUCGGAGGUGGGGACGACUCCUUCAACACCUUCUUCAGCGAGACCGGGGCGGGAAAGCACAUUCCCCGGGCGGUGUUCAUAGACCUGGAGCCCACCGUGAUCGAUGAGGUCCGUACCGGCACCUACCGACAGCUCUUCCACCCUGAGCAGCUGAUCACCGGCAAGGAGGACGCGGCUAAUAACUACGCCCGGGGCCACUGCUCCAUCGGCAAGGAGAUCGUGGAUCUGGUCCUGGACCGCAUCCGGAAGGUGGCCGACCAGUGCACGGGACUCCAGGGCUUCCUCAUCUUCCACAGUUUCGGGGGUGGGAGUGGCUCCGGUUUCACCUCCCUCCUGAUGGAGAGGCUCUCCGUCGACUACGGCAAGAAAUCCAAGCUGGAGUUCGCCAUUUACCCGGCUCCCCAGAUCUCCACGGCGGUGGUCGAGCCCUACAACACGGUGCUGGUCACCCACUGCACCCUGGAGCACUCUGACUGCGCCUUCGUUCUGGACAACGAGGCCAUUUACGACCUGUGCCGGAGGAACCUGGACAUCGAGAGGCCGACCUACACCAACCUCAACCGCCUCAUCGCGCAGGUGGUGUCCUCCAUCACCGCGUCGCUCCGGUUCGACGGCGCCCUCAACGUGGACCUGACGGAGUUCCAGACCAACCUGGUCCCCUAUCCCCGCAUCCACUUCCCCCUGGUGACCUACGCCCCCCUCAUCUCUGCUGAGAAGGCUUACCACGAGCAACUCUCGGUGUCGGAGAUCACCAACGCCUGCUUCGAGCCGGCCAGCCAGAUGGUGAAGUGCGACCCGCGCCAGGGCAAGUACAUGGCGUGCUGCAUGCUGUACCGAGGGGACGUGGUGCCCAAGGACGUCAACGCCUCCAUCGCCACCAUCAAGACCAAGCGCUCCAUCGCGUUUGUGGAUUGGUGUCCGACCGGGUUCAAGGUUGGCAUCAACUACCAACCCCCGACGGUGGUGCCAGGGGGCGACCUGGCGAAGGUACAGAGGGCCCUCUGCCAACUGAGCAACACCACCGCCAUUUCCUUGGCUUGGACCCGCAUGAACCUCAAGUUCGACAAGAUGUACGCCAAGCGGGCCUUCGUGCACUGGUACGUGGGAGAGGGCCUGGAGGAAGGGGAAUUCCAGGACGCCCGGGAGGACAUGGCGUCCCUCGAGAAGGAUUACGAAGAGGUGGGAGUUGACUCUUCCUCGCUGGACAGGAAGGCCGAGGAGGAAGAGUAG